AUGGGGAGGAAGCUGGACCUGUCUGGUUUAACGGAUGAUGAAACAGAACAUGUUCUUCAGGUGGUUCAGCGAGACUUCAAUCUCCGUAAAAAAGAGGAAGAGCGAUUAAGUGAGAUGAAACAGAAGCUGGAUGAGGAAGGCAGCAAGUGCAGCAUCCUCUCCAAGCACCAGAAGUUCGUGGAGCACUGCUGCAUGCGCUGCUGCUCGCCCUUCACCUUCCUCGUCAACACCAAGCGUCGCUGUGGGGACUGCAAGUUCAACGUCUGCAAGAGCUGCUGCUCCUACCAGAAGCAAGAAAAGGUCUGGAUCUGCUGUGUCUGCCAGCAAGCCAGACUCCUACGGACUCAGUCUCUGGAAUGGUUUUACAAUAAUGUGAAGAGUCGUUUCAAACGUUUUGGUAGUGCCAAGGUCCUGAAGAACUUGUACAGGAAACACCGGCUGGAGAGUGGAGCAUGCUUCGACAUUCUAGGGGGAAGCUUUUUUGAGGCAAACCUGGAAAAUGAAGAAAGCAUUUCAGGCAGUGAUUCAACAUUCUAUAGGCAGUCAGAAGGACAUAGCAUGAUGGACACUUUGGCUGUCGCCCUACGAGUUGCAGAAGAGGCCAUUGAAGAAGCAAUUUGCAAAGCAGAAGCCUAUGGGGACAGCCUGGACAAGCAGAAUGAGGCCAGUUACCUUCGGGACCACAAGGAGGAGCUGACAGAGGAGUUGGCCACAACCAUCCUGCAAAAGAUCAUAAGGAAGCAGAAGAGCAAGGGCGAGAAGCAAGCAGAAGAACUGGAGUGGCCACGGCCCCGGAGCUGCAGUCUGAAGGCAGCUGACCAGGAGACCCCAGCCUCCCCAGGAGACCACCGAGCUCCCACCACCCUCUGGCGGUCCCAGUCUGCCUGCUUGCUCACUGGAGAAGAUACCCUGAAGACCUUUUCCCAGGAGACAUCCUGGAGGCAGCUGUGGGACCAAGGCCAGCGUCCUGGGGAGGAACCUGUUUUGCCCAGCUGGAGGAGCAUGGACAGGCUGGACAAGACAAGUCUGGCUCCAGUUUUGCAGAGUCCCGAUGGGAACUGGAUAGCCCUGAAGAAUGGUACCUUGUCCCCCAAUCGCUUGCUGACCAAACCUAACAGUGGAACGUUUGAGGCCCUGGAGGCUGCAUCCAGCAUGGUGUCCGCCUAUGAAGAGAUGGGCUCCGACAGUGAAGAGGACUUUGAUUGGAGUGAGGCCUUGAGUAAGCUGUGCCCAAGACCCCAGGGCCUGCUUGGAAAUCCCCAGCCUCAGUCCACACAGGCUCGAGGUCCCGACCAAUGUCCCUCAGCUGCCUCCCCCUCCUCUGUGCUCUCCCCAAACCCUGAGGCCAUGUGCUCAGACUCGGAGACCUCCUCAGCUAGCUCUUCCCGGGAAGCUGGACGUCGGGCCAGAAUGUCCUGGCUGCAGAGGAAGCCUCCCAGGAACCCCGCAGCAGAAAAGAUGCGCUUACAGGGAGAACUGGAUGUGAACUUCAACCCCCAGAUGGCCAGUGGAGAGACUUCAGACAGCAGUGAACCUGAGGAGGCCCCCCAUGCCACAGACUGGCGAGCCCGGAGGUGGAGAAGAGCCCGGGUGGGUUUGGAAGAGUCCAACAAGGAACAGUCUUCCCCCACAGCCCAUCGCCGGGAUCUGGAUUCACAUCAGGUGUUGGGUGAUUCAUCUGAGACUGACAUCAGCAAUGAGGCUCAGCACCUUGGGACCAGCACAAACACCACAGAGGAGAAACUGAGAGACAGAUUGUAUGAGUUAGCAAUGAAAAUGAGUGAAAAGGAGACAUCUUCAGGAGAAGACCAGGAGUCUGAGCCCAAGACAGAAUCUGAGCUCCAGAAGGAAAGUCUGUCCUCUGAAGACAACAGCCAGAGUGUCCAGGACGAGCUGAAGAAGAAGUAUUCUGCUGUUUCUCUCUGCAACAUCUCCACAGAAGUCCUGAAAGUCAUCAAUGCUACAGAGGAAUUGAUAGCAGAGUCUACGGGGCCCUGGGAGUUCUCAGCAGACCUUCCUGACCAAGUGAAGGGAACAUUUCCUCUUGGGACAGACCAAGCGAGACUGGACGAGCAGCUGACUUCCCUGGAAGAAAAUGUGUACCUGGCGGCAGGCACUGUAUAUGGACUGGAGGGUCAGCUGAACGAGCUGGAGGACGCUGCCCGCUACAUUCACAGUGCUACUGAUGAGACUGAACUGGCAGACCUGGAGGACCAGGUAGCCACAGCUGCGGCUCAGGUGCAUCAUGCUGAGCUCCAGAUUUCUGAUAUCGAGAGCCGAAUUACAGCCCUGACCAUUGCAGGAUUAAACAUAGCACCGUGUGUGCGCCUCACCAGAAAACGAGACCAGAAGCAAAGGAACCAGGUACAAACCAUAGACACAUCAAGGCAGCAGAGGAGGAAACUGCCAGCUCCACCAGUGGCAGCUGAAACAAGUGAGGCCUCAUCAGUGAGCACCAUGAAAACAUUUAACCGUAACUUCCUUCUCCAAGGCUCCUCAACAAAUAGAACUAAAGAAAGGAAAGGCACCACCAAGGAUUUGGUGAAAAUUACCUUCUGUGAUCUAAAUGCCAAAAGUAAUCUAGAACAGCAGUGUCCAAUAGAAUUUUGUGCAAUGAUGCAAAUGUUGUGUAUCUGCAAUGUCAAAUAUGGUGGCCAAUAG